AUGCUGCAGCGCUUUUUCGAGGCAAUCGGCGCCUCGCUGGGCCUGCCGACUGACUAUGCCAAGAUUGCGAUUGCGCUGCUCCUGUCCUUUGUGCUGAGCCCCAUCCUGCCGCACCUACCCGCGCCGUGGAUGCGCCACUGCAUGAACCUGGGUGUCUCGGCCUUUUUCCUGCUGGGCAUUCUGCGUCUGUACGGCGGUGUGAUGCAUCUGCUGGCGGCGUGCUUCCUCACGUACGGAAUUGUGCGCUUCCGUAUUGGCGGCCGCAAGUACAUGCCGUGGAUCGUGCUUGUCGGUGCGAUGAGCCACAUGCUCUACACCCACUGCAUGCGCGAGUUCGGGCAGGUGCCGGUUACCACGAUGGAGAUUUCGUCCAUGCAGAUGGUGCUUGUGAUGAAUCUCACGUCGUUCGCGUGGAACUGCUACGACGGUCAGCUGCGCACCGACAAGCAGCUGGACGAGGUGCAGAUGCGGGACCGUGUGAUGACCAUGCCGAGCCUGCUCGAGUUCUUAGGCUAUUGCUUUUACUUCCCUGGCGUGCUCGUAGGGCCGUCAUCGCGUUUCCGUGAUUACCAGCAGUGGGCGAAUGGCACGCUGUAUGCGCCGUACCGCGGCGUGCCGGUCUCCCGCUGGCGCGAGGCGUUCAAGGAGCUCCUCACGGCCGGUAUCGCGCUUGUGCUGAUGACGUCCUUGUCGGCGUACUACGACUUUGAGCGUCUCGCGAAUGUGGCCGACGAGCUGCAAACGCGCCCGUUCUGGUACCGCCUCGUUUUCCUGCAGAUUGCCGGUCUCGUCGCGCGCUUCCGUUUCUACGGCGUGUGGUCGCUCUCGAACGCCGGCUGCAUUCUGUCAGGUCUGGCGUACAACGGCGUCGACUCUACGACGCAGCGCGCGACGUGGACGCGCUGCAAGAACGUCUAUGUGAGGCGCAUCGAGCUCAGUCACAACUGGAAGGAGCUGCUUGACGCGUGGAACGCCAAUACAAACGUCUGGCUGCGCGAGUCUGUGUACAAGCGCCUCGCCGGGCCGCACAAGCCGGGCUUUGGCAGUGUGUUUGGCACCUUCCUCACGAGUGCCAUCUGGCACGGCAUUGCGCCGGGCUACUACCUGGCGUUCCUUCUCGCAGCGAUGUGCCAGUGGCUCGCGCGCCUGCUGCGCAAGUCGGUGCGUCCGAUCUUCUUCGCGAACCCCCGCAUGCCCGACCCGACGCCGUCGACGUGGAAGCAGUACACCACGGUGCAGGUGCUGUACUCGGUCGUGUCGAUGGUGUGCACGAUCUCGGCUACAGGGCCAUGUUGUGGCACUACCAUGUGA